CCCCGGAGCAGCAACAGGUCCUGUAGUCCAGACGGAUCGAUAGGGAUGCUGGGAUCAUGCGCGCCGCAGUCGUCGCACCAUGCGCUCACUGAUCCUCAUCUCGCUGUCAUUGUUAACACCAGAAUCCGAAGGCGACCUCCUGAGAGACAGCGUCCAUGUCACGUCCGCGGCGGCUCGGCCCAACAACGAGCUGUGGUGCUACCGAUGCCUCGCAGAAGUGCCAGAAGACAAGUGUGCGGACCUCCGCCAAAACAACUCCGCCCUCAUCCACAAGUGCCACAAUGAUCGACGGAUGUGUAUGGUUAAACGAUUCUCCUACACGACCUCAACCGAAAACUCCACAACCGCACUAAAAAUGUGGGCUCUUGAGCGAAACUGCACCAAACAUUGCGAGCCUGGGUGCAUCAUUAUCGGCGAGAGGACCAAACUCCAUGCGUGCACCUCAUGCUGCACCACAUCCCUUUGCAAUCAUGACUCUGGAGCAACCACACCAAUGCAAAAUAUUUUUCCAUUUCUUCUCCCUCUUGCAAUACCUUUAUUAACGUUAUGAUCGCCUUAUUAGUCUUAGAGUAGAUAAGAUUAAAUAAAUGAAGAACCAAUCGACGCAAUUCCCGUUUUGAUCACGCUACGUUUGAUGAUUUGCUGAGGCGAUGUUUUAAUUAUGUUUGCUUAACUAGUGUCUUUAAGACGAUAUCGCAAAGCCCUGUCUUUUAUGUCAACAAAAGAGUUCCUUCUUGAAAACCUCAAAGCGAUUGUACAUUAUUUGGAACAUUGUAUGGACAUCUGGUUGUAUUCCUGAGUUUGAGUUUGGCAUGUAAUUAAUUGAAAUUCUACAAGGAACCUUUUUACCAGGACAUGGCGAUAUCGGCACUUCAGAGAGAUAAUCCCAUCACCUAUCUAUUUCUGUACCUAUGAGAGUUCUUCGUUGGAUCUUCCGAUUUUUGCGGCCAAGAAUAGCCUUGAGCGAACUUUGCGAGAUAAUUUAUUAUUCGUCAUUUAUUAUCUUAAUAACUCUAUUCUCUCUACUCCUCACCUGUUCCCGGUAUCCGACUGUAAUGACACUAAUUAAGCGAAUGGUUAGGUACUUAUAAUGAUAUUUAUUUGAAUGUAUGCAGCAUUGUUUAUAACUUCAUGACACACCGCCCGCAUAGAUCUAGGUAAAUAAUUUCUAAGAAAUUGAAGGGGCGACAUUGAAGUUUCAAUUCCAAAAUUUAUUUCAAGUUCUAUCGCCUAAAAGAAAUUUUUCCCUAUGACCCAAUAGGCCCGGGCUGCUAGAUAUCAGGGGCGACCAAUCCGUUAUCUCAUAUAUGUGUUUUUGACUUAUAUAUUGGAUAACCUAUGUAUAAACCGAUAAAUAUUAGAAAUAAAUAAUAUCGAAAGA